UAUUCAUGGCACCACCUGCCUGGAUGGAGACCACCGUGGGGGCUCUGGGUGAGAAUACCACAGAGACUUCCACCAACUCCCUUCCUACAUUUGAUGCCCAUGGAGAAGCCCAAGCUGCUUCCUUUCCAUUCACUUUCAGCUAUGGUGACUAUGACAUGCCCUCCGAUGAAGAGGAGGAUGUGACCAAGUCUCGGACUUUCUUUGCUGCCAAGAUUGUCAUUGGCAUGGCUUUGGUGGGUAUCAUGCUGGUGUGUGGCAUUGGCAACUUCAUCUUUAUCAUUACCCUGGCCCGCUACAAAAAGCUGCGCAAUCUCACCAACCUGCUAAUUGCCAACCUGGCCAUCUCAGACUUCCUAGUGGCCAUCGUGUGCUGCCCCUUUGAGAUGGACUACUAUGUGGUGCGUCAGCUCUCCUGGGAACACGGUCAUGUCCUGUGUGCCUCUGUCAACUAUCUGCGUACUGUCUCCCUCUAUGUGUCUACUAACGCCCUACUGGCCAUUGCCAUUGACAGGUACCUGGCCAUAGUGCACCCGCUGAGACCGCGAAUGAAGUGUCAAACAGCUGCGGGCCUCAUCUUCCUGGUGUGGUCCGUGUCCAUCCUCAUCGCCAUCCCUGCCGCCUACUUCACCACGGAGACCGUGCUGGUCAUCGUGGAGAGCCAGGAGAAGAUCUUCUGUGGCCAGAUCUGGCCAGUAGACCAGCAGCUCUACUACAGGUCCUACUUCCUCUUGAUUUUCGGCCUCGAGUUCGUGGGCCCUGUGGUCGCCAUGACCCUGUGCUAUGCCAGGGUGUCCCGGGAGCUCUGGUUCAAGGCGAUGCCCGGCUUUCAGACGGAGCAGAUCCGCCGGAGGCUGCGCUGCCGCCGCAGGACCGUACUAGGGCUCGUGUGUGUCCUCUCAGCCUAUGUCCUAUGCUGGGCGCCCUUCUACGGCUUCACUAUCGUGCGUGACUUCUUCCCCUCCGUGUUUGUGAAAGAGAAGCACUACCUCACUGCCUUCUAUGUGGUGGAGUGCAUCGCCAUGAGCAACAGCAUGAUCAACACACUGUGCUUCGUGACGGUCAGGAACAACACCAGUAAGUACCUCAAGAGGAUCCUGCGCCUCCGGUGGAGGGCUUCUCCCAGCGGGGGCAAGGCCAGCGCUGACCUGGACCUCAGGACCACAGGGAUGCCUGCCACUGAGGAGGUGGACUGCAUCAGACUGAAAUAAGCAAAAUGGCACCACAGUACCUGAAUGCUCACAGCAACGAUAAACUUGUUUUUCUGCAAGCACAGAGGAAAGCGACACACUGUUCAAGGAACCCUGGAGUGUAGAGUUUCUCAAGUGGAUAUUUGAGACACUGUCCCCAGUGGUCAGCGUUCAUGGAAUACCUAAUUUUUGCAAAGAGUAGACACCAGUGAAAACCAUUUAUUUGACAAAAUGCCAUGGGGAUUAUAGCAAGGAAAUGUGGUACAGAGUGUCUGGAAGAGAGAGUUUCCAGAUAGAAGGCAGAACAAGCUCUGUAGAGCUCCCCUGGGCCACACUGGGCCUUGCUCACCUUUAGCAGAACUCUUGGGCUUUCCUUCCCGUCCAGCAUUGGCAAGCCUGGAGCAAGAGCAGCCGCAGAGGUUCUCAGCUCUUCCUGGAGUCAUUCUCUGUCCACCCCAGAGCCCAAUCACCAUUGGGAAUCCAAUGCACGUGUAGAUUUGCCAGGACCC